CGUCGCGCAGAGAGCGCGUCACGAGCGCGCGGCGGCGGGGCGAGCAGGGUAAGAUGGCCGCGGGGCCGCUACGCUGCGGGUGAGGGCGGGGGGGCUGCUAGGAGCCGGAGCACCGAGCCCUCGGACAGAUAUUUGUGGGGGUUAAAAGAUUUGAACUACAGUUGAAUAAAAGAAGGGCUGAAAAUUGAAGGAUGGCAGCAAAUCCUUCAGGACAAGGUUUCCAGAAUAAAAAUAGGGUUGCAAUCCUGGCAGAACUAGACAAGGAGAAGAGAAAGUUACUUAUGCAAAACCAGUCUUCCACAAAUCACCCUGGAGCCAGCAUUGCACUUUCAAGAUCACCUCUGAACAAGGAUUUCCGUGAUCAUGCUGAGCAACAGCACAUUGCAGCACAGCAGAAGGCUGCACUGCAGCAUGCACACGCACAUUCCUCAGGAUACUUCAUAACUCAAGACUCUGCGUUUGGAAAUCUCAUUCUUCCUGUCUUACCUCGACUUGAGGCAGAAUGAGGAAUGUUGUUUCUCAGAACUUCAAGAUCUGAUUUUUGUCCCUAGCAGGAGCUGUCUGACCCUUGAAUUUCUUGAAGAUAUGUAAAGAAUUACAUAUCUUAAAAUCUGUUUUUUUCUGUAUUUUUGGAAUUAUCUUUCAGGAGUGUGAGCUCUAAUGAUGGGGAAGUAGUGUUGUUGAACAACAAUUUUUGUCCUUUGCAGAAACCAAGGUGUCCCAUGAAGUUUCCAGGCUUGUAGUCUAAAAAUUUCCUUAGGGACAUCUGGGGUAUCCUGUUUUCAUUUGCAGGGGAUUACCUCAACCCAAUAAGCCCUACUGAACUAUAAGCACUGUUAACAUUUCUAUUACUCAUGAGUACAGAACAAGUACCAAGAGAGGGUGCAGGUAUGAGGAAAAUGCCACUGCUCUCAUAUACCACUGCUGAGUAUAGACCUUUGCAGAAACUGGAGCAUACUGAAACAUUUUAAAGAAGGAGAAUCUUGUGGAGCCAGCCUGAUAGAGCUUAAAGAUGUGCAAUUUUAACAUGAAGUAUUCAUACCAUGUGCUUUUUUGAGGGUUCUGAUGUGGUGAGUUAUGGGAACUAUGGUGAGUUUUCUGGGCAAUGGAGAAAGAAGUCACUUCCAGGUUCAAUGUUUGGCUCUGUGUAGCUUUUUCUUUUUAAUUACCAAGAGUAACUACUCUAUGAAAUUGUUCUGACUACUCAUUAUUCUGCAGUGUGACCUGAGUAUCUUAGAUGCUUUGAAGAAAAAGAGCAGAAGAAUCUCAGUGUAGAAAAGGCACCUAUGAAUCAGUCCAAGCCUGGAAACAUACAAAGGUGGAGAAGUUAAAGCAGACACAGCAGAAAGUUUGGAUUUUAUAUUUUAGUUGAAUUUAACAUUAAAGGAGCUCUCUGCUAACCAUUUGAGCUAUAGAAUCUCUCAGUGUUGCUGUACAGACUCCAUAGGAUCUAGGCAAUGAAACAAUAAAAAUCCUUCUUUGGAAAGUUAUAGUUGCCCCACUGAAGGAGUUAACACUU